AGCUCUACGAAUUAAUGCCUUCUCUGAUAGCUCGGGGGAGUUUUGGAGGAAGAUGAGGAGAGGAAAAAGAGUUGGUGAAAUACAUAUAAUGGUUUUUCCUUUCCCCCUACAGGGUCACAUAAACCCAAUGCUACAAUUCUUCAAGCGCCUAGCCUCCAAAGGUCUCAAGGUUACACUACUGAUGGCAGCCAGUUCCAUUAACAAGUCUGUUCAAGACCAAGCUAGUAGCUCCAUCAACAUUGAGCUCAUUGCUAAUUAUGAGUCGGACCCAGACAAAAAACAAGAAGACAUUAAGGCAUAUCUGGAGAAAUUUAAGAUUUUAGCCUCACAAAGCUUAAGUGAGGUAAUUGAGAAGCACAAUAGAUCUGACCACCCUGCUAAAAUCCUUGUGUAUGACUCAAUCAUGCCAUGGGCACAAGACCUAGCUGAACCACUAGGUCUUGAAGGAGCUCGGUUCUUCACACAAUCUUGUGCGGUUUCUACCAUCUACUACCAUGCAAAUCAAGGGGCAUUCAAGAAUCCUUUAGAAGGGUCAACAGUAUCUUUGCCUUCAAUGCCCAUAUUAGGCAUCAAUGAUAUGCCAUCUUUUAUGAGAGAGAUGGGCUCAUACCCAGCUUCACUCGCCCUCCUCUUGAAUCAGUUUUUGAAUUUGCAGAAAGUUAAAUGGGUUUUCUUCAACACCUUCAACAAGUUGGAAGAUGAGGUAAGUUCUAAUUCACCUUUUAGAUCAGAGGUCAAAUCGUAAUAAGAAGUAUAGUUCAUUAGUUUAUGGGAUUUUUUCACGCCUACAAAUAUCAUACUCUUAAUAAUUUUUAAUCCAUCUAUACAUGAAUAGAUUAAAGAAAGAUGAUAAUGUCAUCCCUAAGCCCAUGGAGCCCUUAAUGAUCAAGACCUUGAUGUUCCUUACUAGUCAGUUUUUCAUCAUAAUUCUUACUUCAUAAUUCUUACUUCAUCUAUACAUAGAGACAUGGAGAAGUGACCUAACAGCUACCGUCAUAGAAUAUGAUUUUCAUGUGAUUUUCACUAGCAUUCUCCUUGUAUAAUUCAAAAAGCAAGAAGACAGAAAAAUGGCUCAUAUGAGCAGUUUUUCAACAUCUGCUGCUCUAUAAAUACUACUUCCUGACUCGGCUGAAGAAGAAAGACAAAGAGUUGGAUAAGAAAAAUGGAGAGAGGCAAAAGAGUUAGUGAAACACAUGUCAUGGUCUUUCCUAGCCCAGUACAGAGUCACAUAAACCCUAUGCUCCAAUUCUCCAAGCGCCUAAUCUCCAAAGGUCUCAAGGUCACCCUUGUUGCAACUACCUCCAUUGAUGCCAAGUCCAUGCCCACCUCCAUCAAUAUUGAGCUCAUCCCCGACGGCCUUGACAGAAAGGAGAAGAAAAGUGUUGAUGCCUCUAUGCAGCUCUUUGAAACUGUAGUUUCACAAAGCUUACCUGAGCUUAUAGAGAAACACAGUAAGUCUGAUCAUCCUGCUAAUGUUCUUGUGUAUGAUGCAAGCAUGCCAUGGGCACAUGGCAUAGCUGAAAGACUUGGCCUAGUUGGAGCUGCUUUCUUCACUCAGUCUUGCGCUGUUACAGCCAUCUAUCACUAUGUCAGUCAGGGGGUGGAGAUUCCUGUAAAAGGACCGACGUUACCUAUGCCUUUUAUGCCACCACUAGGUAUUGAUGAUCUGCCAUCAUUUGUCAAGGAUCCAGGCUCAUACCCGGCUGUAUGGAGCCUCAUUUCUAAACAAGUCUCAACUUUCCAGAAAGUGAAAUGGGCCUUGUUCAACUCUUUCGACAAGUUGGAAGAUGAAGUUGUGAAAUGGUUGGCGAACCACCAAUCAGUCAAGACAAUAGGACCAACCAUUCCUUCAAUGUAAUUAGACAAGAGGUUGGAGGAUGACAAAGACUAUGGCCUUAGUCUUUUCAAGCCUAAUACCGACACCUGCAUUACGUGGCUGGACACAAAGGAUAUCAACUCUGUGGUUUAUGUAUCUUUUGGAAGCAUGGCGUCACUGGGAGAAGAGCAGAUGGAGGAACUAGCAUGGGGCCUGAAGAGGAGCAACAGCUACUUCUUGUGGGUAGUUAGAGAAUCCGAAGAGGAAAAGCUUCCUACCAAUUUUGUGGAGGAGACAUCUGAGAAGGGUCUGUUUGUGAGUUGGUGUCAUCAAGUGGAAGUUCUGGCUCACAAAGCAGUAGGAUGUUUCAUGACUCAUUGUGGAUGGAACUCAACGCUUGAAGCCCUGAGCCAGGGAGUGCCAAUGAUAGCCAUGCCUUGUUGGGCAGAUCAACCAACUAAUGCUAAGUUUGUGGAGGAUGUUUGGGAAGUAGGGGUCAGAGUUACGGUGGAUGAAAAGGGGAUUGCCAAAAGAGAGGAAAUAGAGGAGUGUAUAAGGGAAGUCAUGGAGGGAGAAAGAGGUAAUGAAAUGAAAAGGAAUGGUGAGAAGUGGAAGGAGUUGGGCAAAGAGGCAGUAAAUGAAGGAGGAAGCUCUGAUAGCAACAUUGAAGAAUUUGUUGCACAACUUGUCUGCAGCUGAUGUUGAUUUGAACAGCAAUAAUUGUUGUCCAUGCAAAUAUAUAUUUAUUGGAUAAGCUAUGUUGAUUUGAAUAACAAUAAUUGUUGUCCAUGCAAA